AUGCGACAGAAGACCUUCAGUCCUCUUUCGCCAUCCCAUUCCCCCACUGCUCCCAGCCAAAGCAACCAGACAUCUGUUGGAGAUGACAACUUCUCCGGGGCCUCCUUUCACGAGCUGGACCCGUUGGCUCCAGAUGAUUUGCCAGAGACCCUAGGCAAAGAUCUUUCCUUUCUUCUCCGACCAAACAUCUAUCACCCCCUCUCUCAUAUUGACAUUCCUUCUCCAUUACGCUCCGAAUUCAUUGUCCUCGACCCCGGUGAGCCUCUAGAAUCAUCACUUGGCCUCCUCGAGAAAUUGCUGGCCCAGGGUCGUUUCCUCGUCGCGGCGCACUUCUCCGGCUCAAUACUUACCUCCUCCCUCAUAUCUCCCACGAACACAAAGAUUAUAUUCGCUUUGUUCUAUACUCGUCUUGCCUGUCUGGAGCUAUCUGGAAACACAGUCCUUGCAGCCCAAGAAUCCAAAGCUUUAGAGGAUCUCAACUCUGCAUUUUACUACAUUGAUUCCAGUUUGGAGGCAUCUGAAGCCGAAAAGGAGCAAAACAUCCCCAACGAGCACUUCGCUCGCCACAUUGUCCCCUGGCCCCUUCGUGUUUUGGCUGUACGGCUGCAGAGCAUAGGAUUCGGCGAUUCCCGCAGGAGUAUCGGUGGUUUGUAUGAGAUUGGCUUAGAAGCACGAAGAGAGAUCAUGAAGAAAGAAACCGGCGAGGCUGUGCGGAGCCUGUGGAGAGAAAGGUUAGCGGACCUUGGGGUAAGGACCGUGAAUGCGUUGGUAGAGAUGGGUGACCUAGACGCUGCCAAAAGAUCGCUCGAUGGUCUCAGAUCAUCCGAGGCAGACACAGAAAUCAUGAAGUUCAGACAGGCACUCUUAUUCAUGCGAAUCGGUGAUCUUGACGCCGCGGGGAAGGUUUUCGAGAAUGCCCGUGAAUCGCAAUGGGCGACUUUGUUGCAACCACUGCUCAGCAUGUCAGAGGGCCGCUACAGAGAUGCUGUCAUCGAGUGGCGAGCACUUCAUGAAGAUAAGCAAAGAUCAGAUGAGGCUCUUGUGGCACAGAACCUGGCUGUGUGCCUUCUUUAUACCGGCCAGCUUGACGAGGCAUGCACGCUCCUAGAGUCUCAGGUCUCGGCCAAUCAUUCAUUUUCAAGCCUCAUCUUCAACCUAUCCACCGUGUACGAGCUCUGUUCUGACAAUGCUGGUCAGUUGAAGGGACAGUUAGCAACUACCAUCUCCAAACAUCCCAUGUCUGGGCAGACAAAUUUGGAUCGGCCCAACGCGGAUUUUAAGUUAUGA